AUGGCGUUACAACUUUACCAGCGCUUUGACAAGAUGCCCACGAGAAUCACAAUAGAGAACCAGUACGAGCCAGUAGAAAAUAUGCCAUAUCCCGCCAUCACCAUAUGCUCGCCUAAUCAGAUAACUAUUAGCUCCGUCAGACAUUUCAAUAAGACUCUCGUCAAUGGUAAGGCAACGUCACGGGUGAAUGAGCUCCUCCCUUUAUUGCUAGGAUUCUACCAGCCACCCGUAGAGCUCAUCAAGGAAGACCUUGAGCUUUUGCAAGAGCUCAUCGAUAGCAAUCGGAACGUGCAAAGAACAGAUCAUAAAGUGCAUCUGGUGAAGCGAUGGGGCAAGAGGAGCUCGUUGACCGUGGUGGCUGAUAGUCAACCCCACGACGCACUCGACGGUACUCUGGCUAAUGGAGGUGCCAUACGGGUCUGA